ACAUUUUUCCUAUGUACCUUGUUUACUUUUGUUCAAUCAUGCCAUGCCUGACAAUUUGAAUUUAUUUUGUACUCGCGCAACAGUUUAUCAUUAUUAUUGUAUACCAUUAUUACACAACCACAGCAUUCCAGUGUGUGGCUCGUACAAGAGGUACUUGAAAGCAGCAUAUAAACAUUUCGUAACGAAGCAUGGCUGCCCCGUUGGUCAGGAUUUUCUCUAAGUCUUGCAGACAGAUCUCCCGACCAUGGGGGGCAUGCCAGGCUGGCUGGAGGAGCAGGUCCACCAGAUCUGCCCCAGAUGUGGCCUCAGACCAGGCGGCUGGGAUGGUCUCCUUUCCUCCCCUUCAGACAUAUUCAGAGGAGGAGAGCAUGAUGAGGGAAGCAGUGAAAAAGUAUGCACAAGAGCGCAUCGCUCCACUUGUGUCAAAGAUGGAUGAAAAUUCUGCAAUGGACGAGGAAGUGAUCAAGUCUCUUUUUGAGCAGGGUCUCAUGGGCAUUGAGAUCGACCCAGAAUACGGUGGCACUGGCUCUUCAUUCUUUUCCUCCAUUCUGGUCAUUGAGGAGCUGGCAAAGGUGGAUCCCUCCGUGGCGGUGCUCUGUGACAUCCAGAACACACUGAUCAACACACUGUUUUCCAAACUGGGUAACCCAGCUCAGAAAGAACAGUACCUCACCCGACUGUCAACAGACAUGAUUGGAAGCUUCUGCCUCUCUGAAGCAGAGUCGGGGAGUGAUGCCUUCUCUCUGAAGACACGCGCUGAAAAACACAAGGACUAUUACAUCAUCAACGGAUCCAAGAUGUGGAUCAGUAACGCAGAGCAUGCAGGUGUAUUCCUGGUGAUGGCCAACGUGGACCCCUCUGCUGGAUACAGAGGAAUCACCUGUUUCAUUGUGGACCGGGACACUGAGGGGCUCGAGAUUUGCAAAAAGGAGAACAAGCUCGGCCUUCGUGCAUCCUCCACCUGCCCGUUAAACUUUGACAAUGUCAAGGUACCAGAGAAGAACAUCUUGGGACAGAUCGGACAUGGGUAUAAGUAUGCCAUCGGAAUGUUGAAUGAGGGCCGCAUUGGGAUUGCCAGUCAGAUGCUCGGACUGGCACAGGGUUGCUUUGACCACACCAUUCCUUACACCAGACAGAGGAUACAGUUCGGAAAACGCAUCUUUGACUUCCAGGGUCUGCAGCACCAAAUUGCCCACGUAGCAACACAGAUUGAAGCUGCCCGGCUGCUGACGUACAACGCUGCUCGUCUGAAGGAAGCUGGGAGACCUUUCAUUAAGGAAGCCUGCAUGGCUAAAUACUUCACUGCAGAGGUUGCUACUCUAACCACAUCUAAGUGCAUUGAAUGGAUGGGAGGAGUGGGCUUCACCAAGGACUAUCCCAUAGAGAAAUACUACAGAGAUUGUAAAAUUGGUACCAUUUAUGAGGGCACUACAAAUAUUCAGCUGAGCAGUAUGGCCAAGUUCAUUGAUAAGGAGUACGACCACUGAAGCCAUCUGACCGGAGCCUGAUAGAUUGCACUCUGCUGUGUUACACUCCAAUUUUUUUUUUCCUCAAAUGACUGUGGUGGGAUUAAUGCAGCAGCAGUACAUUGCUGCUUUCAUGUUUCUAGAGUUUUGUUCCAAUUUCAACUUGUACACUUGUAAAGUAGUUCCCGCUACUGAUGUAGUUACUGAUGUAGUUACAGUUCUCCAGCUUUGGGAGAUGUUCUGGUGUAAUUUUUUUUCCCAUUGGCUUUCUGUCACUUUUUAGUUGAAGAAUAAGACAGUGUUUUUCAUAUGUAGAUCUCUGUCUUUUCCCUUUUGGCCUUAUUUGUUAUCUUCUGCUUAUUGAGAUAUAGUGAUGAAUCAGAAUAAGUCAAAUGAGUCAGAAUAACAUCCAGCCAUUUUCCUUGAAUGUAUUCAGGGCAUUCAGAUCACCCCUACGACUGAGAUCAGUAACUUAAUAUGUGUGUGUUUUUUUUCCCAGGAUACUCUAAAACAGAUGGAUAUAUUGCUCUAUAAAUACUGUACAGUACAGAAAGCGAUAUCACAUCAUAUCAAUAAAUUACAUGUAAAGACUGAUCUGUCAAUAACUAACAAAAUCAAUAAAUGUUAAGUAUGCUGUGGUACAA